UUUUGUGUCAGAAUGUUUUAUGUUUGUUUAUAAUGCUAGAGAGAACUAAAAUUAAAGUUACAGUUAGCCCACCAUCUGAAUAUAGCUAAAUUGGGAGAAAAAGAGAAAAGAAAGCUCUAAGAGUAUUGGCACACAUGAUAAAAAUAGGUUAAAACAGAAAAGAAAAAAUAUAUUUGUUUACUUUAGUUUCACACUGUAAAUAUUUAGUUUUAUUUAUCCUUGUCAGGGUUGCGGUUGGUCAUGUUCCAACAGGAAACACUGGGCGCAAGGCAGGUACACUCUGGACAAUGCGCCAAUCCGUCACAGGACUUUUAGUGAUGCCUGUUUGACGCCCUGCCAGCUGAUAUCACCAUGAGAUGUGGGUUUGGAUUUGGAUGUGGUUGCUCAGUGGUAAAGUUGGUGGCAUCUACACAGUGAUUCAAACGAAGGCUCGUUUGACCUGUGAGGAAUGGGGCGAAAACUACUUCUUGGUCGGGCCCUACAUGGAGUCCAGCGUGAGAACGCAGGUCGAACUGAUCGAGCCGACCAACCCUGCUCUUAGAAGGACCAUCGACAAAAUGAACAACAGUGGCUGCAAGGUGUAUUUUGGCCGCUGGCUCAUCGAGGGUUCUCCGUAUGUGAUUCUUCUGGAUGUGGGCUUCACUGCCUGGUCUCUGGACCGCUGGAAGAGUGAACUAUGGGAAAAGUGUGCCAUUGGCGUGCCCUGGUUUGAUCGAGAGGCUAACGAUGCCGUGCUGUUUGGCUUCCUCACUGCUUGGCUGCUCGGAGAGUAUGCAGCGCAGUGUGAAGACCCUCCUCAUAUCUUGGCUCAUUUUCAUGAGUGGUUGGCUGGUUUGGGGGUGGUUUUAUGUCGGAACAGGCACUUACCUGUAGGGACUAUUUUCACCACACACGCCACGCUCCUCGGCCGAUACCUGUGUGCUGGCAAUGUGGACUUUUACAACAAGCUUUCAGAGUUUAACGUGGAUAAGGAGGCAGGCGACAGGCAGAUCUAUCACCGCUACUGUUUGGAGAGGGCAGCAGCUCGCUGUGCUCAUGUCUUCACCACCGUGUCUAAGAUUACAGCCAUCGAGGCUGAACACUUACUCAAAAGGAAACCAGAUAUUGUGACUCCUAACGGUCUGAACGUGAAAAAGUUCUCAGCCAUGCACGAGUUCCAAAACCUUCAUGCUCAAAGCAAAGCUCGCAUUCAAGAGUUCAUCAGAGGUCACUUUUAUGGACACUUAGAUUUUAAUCUGGACAAGACUGUGUUCCUCUUCAUCGCUGGACGCUACGAGUUCUCCAAUAAAGGAGCUGAUAUAUUUCUUGAAGCACUUGCCAGACUCAACUAUCUGCUGAGGGUCAACCACAGUGACGUUACGGUGAUAGCAUUCUUCAUCAUGCCUGCUCGCACCAACAACUUCAACGUGGAGACUCUGAAGGGACAAGCCGUACGAAAACAGCUCUGGGAUACAGCACAGACUGUGAAAGAACGCUUUGGAAAGAAACUCUAUGAAUCACUACUAGUAGGGCAGCUGCCAGAGGUGUCCAAGAUGUUGGAUAAGGAGGAUUUUACCAUGAUGAAAAGAGCCAUCUUUGCCACACAGCGCCAGUGCCUGCCGCCCAUCUGCACUCACAACAUGCUGGAGGACAGCUCAGACCCCAUCCUCAGCAGCAUUCGUCGCAUCGGCCUCUUCAACAGCUCACAGGACCGCGUCAAGGUCAUUUUCCAUCCUGAGUUUCUGUCCUCCACUUCUCCUCUGCUGCCAAUGGAUUAUGAGGAGUUUGUUAGAGGCUGCCACCUUGGAGUCUUUCCGUCCUACUACGAACCCUGGGGAUACACACCCGCUGAGUGCACUGUGAUGGGGAUUCCCUCAAUCUCCACUAAUCUCUCAGGGUUUGGCUGUUUCAUGGAGGAACACAUAGCUGACCCAUCUGCUUAUGGAAUCUACAUUCUUGACAGAAGAUUUCGUAGUGUGGACGAGUCCUGUAACCAGCUGACCUCCUUCCUGUUUCAGUUCUGUCAGCAGAGUCGCAGACAGCGCAUCAUUCAGAGGAACCGCACCGAGCGCCUCAGUGACCUGCUGGACUGGAGAUACUUGGGCCGGUAUUAUGUAUCUGCCCGUCACAUGGCCCUGGCUAAAGCCUUCCCAGAGACAUAUAUAUACGAGCCUCACGACCCAACCUCGACCACAGGCUUCCGUUACCCCCGUCCUGCCUCUGUGCCUCCCUCACCUGCCCACUCACUCCAUUCCUCACCCCACCACAGCGAGGCUGAGGAUGAGGACGAAGAUGAGAGAUACGACGAAGAUCUGGAGGCUGAGAAGGAUCGGGUGAACAUCCGCCAACCGUAUACAAACAAGAACAAGAGCCCACCGGUCGAAUUAGCUGAGAAAAACUAAAACUACAUUUACGCACACACACACUUCUGAUCUGUUCACUGCCUGGUGGUUCUUACUUCUUUGAAAGGUAGACCGAUAAUGUGAGUAGCUACUGUAUUUUAUUCGAAACCGGCUGUAUUGAUGAUGUCUUCCACACUUACUGGUAGAUUUGGAAGAUACUAAAGAAAUGUUUCUAUCUAAUUCUGUUUUAUUCUCAAGAAUAAUGAACUGCUGUUUCUGUAUGAAUGUAAACAUCAUGCAGUCUCUCUGUACCUUAGUGCUAUUACACCUCUACUGAGGCAUUAAGCUACUGCUGGAAACUCUUUUUACCAAAAAACUUGGGUAAGAAGCCAAGACAUUUUACACCAUACCAGCGAAAGAAAGAGGAACUAGUAAAGUACACUGUGCAAUACCGCUGGAUGUGUCUUGAUCUUUACUCCAACCGUAUUCUCUGGCCUUGUUCCAGUUUUAUGGCAGUCAAGGUACAAAAACAGAUUUCCUUUCUCAAGAUUGUCUGAAAAUAGUUUAACCUCAUAGAAUAUAAACCUCUUAUAUUGGGAAUAAAACAGGUUAAUUUCACAGGUUUUUUGUCUUCAGAGUUUUUAUCAUAGUUAUAGUUCAUAAUCACCAGUUAUGACUGAAAAAGUUCAAAACAAAACAAAGAAAUAUACAGUAUAUAUUGUAACCUAGUGAAAGAAAAUGUGAUAGAAACUGAAUGUAAUAAUGUAGCAGAGAUUUAAUGCACAAGAUGUACUGUGAUGUACACAAACACGGGAGUUUUUGUGACACUGUUGUAGAACACACAUUAAAGUAAGUAUUCAUCCCUAUAA